CAAGCUUUUAUGCAAGAUGGUGAACCAGUCUCUAACACGUUCGUGGCUAAACAGAGCAAGAGAAAGUCAGUCAACUAAUCCUGUAACAAGACAUAUGAGGGAAUGGGAUCAGAAAAAAUAUGAGGCACACAGAAUGAGGAUCCAAUCUGCAAAGCCAAUGGUUGACAACAGGACACCAAGGUACGACGCAUACAUUCACACGCGUCAAAGGCUCAAGGAAAUGGCAGAGAGAGAGAGAAAUAGAAUCAUCCAAAGGGACAAUAGAAAACUCCUGGAAAAUAUGAGAAAGAUCAUGCUAUCAGGUGGUGACAGAGUGGACAACAAAAACUUCUACCAUAAGAGGAAAAGUUUUAGUUCGAACACGACUCAUAGACAGCGUGAAUUACAAAAAAUAUCUUAUGAGAACAAACUCCUCAUGAAGCGCAUACUGACCAAAGAGACUCACUACAAUCGCCGGGAAUCGAUUGACCAUUGGAAGGUCAACAAGGGUUACGAGACUAUUAUAUCAAAAUACAACCAUACGUAUACGUACAAGGAGCAGAAAGCUAAAGAGCAAGGAAUAAAGUUCAAUGAAAAGAUAUCUGCAUUUGAGAGACAAAGGGCUCUUUCGGAUGCUUAUGGUUCACUGUCAAGAUCAAAGGACUCAGUACUACCUCGACUAGUAGUCUAACUGCUCUAAAUUUAUGAUGAUUCAUUAAUGACCCUUUACCAGAA